CAUCCGCAUGACUCUUGUGUUUGUAUUAAUGGGUGUUUAAACGGCAUCUGUACGCACUGCAAGACGGCCUGGCUUGCAUGUCUAGUGCCUGUCCCCCACCACAGGAGGGUAAGUUAGGAGAACACAGCCGCUUCUUUUCUCUCUCUCUCGGGCGUUCAAAACGGAGCCACCAGCAGCGUUCGCGCAACAAUGAGCUCGGAACAGCCGAGCGACAAUGAGGAGCCCGAAGAGCCGCGCUCCACCAUCGUCCGCGAGUUGGACCCUGAGAGGCAGAAAAGCGAUGAGGACAGGGGCUCCACGAGACCACCAUCUCCGCCAGCGGGCAACGAGAGUGCCGGUGUGUCGGGCAGCUCCAGGCUCGAGUUGGCUGGAGACGGCGGGACGAGCUCGAGGUGCAGGGGCUCGAGCGCGGGUGACUCUCUGUUCUCGUGGAUCUGCAAUAGGACAAUCCGCAGGGGGCCGCUCGUAGACCCUGCUCGAGAUCAUUACCGUACCAUGACACGGCUUUACUCGUCCAUGAGUCCGGCUGCGGAUUCGGUCAACCUCAGUACACAAACACACGGUGCUGUCUUUAACUUGGAGUACUCUCCGGACGGGUCAGUUUUGACGGUUGCUUGUGAGCAGACAGAGGUGCUUUUGUUCGACCCUGUUUCCUCCAGACAUAUCAAAACACUGGUGGAGGCUCAUGAGGAUUGUGUAAACAACAUAAGGUUUCUUGACAACCGACUGUUUGCGACCUGCUCCGACGACACCACUAUUGCAUUGUGGGACUUGCGGAAUCUCAACUCGAAGGUGUGCUCAUUGCAUGGCCACGCCAGCUGGGUCAAGAACAUAGAGUAUGACACGCACACACGUCUGCUUGUCACAUCUGGAUUUGAUGGAAAUGUCAUCACCUGGGAUACCAACAGGUUCACAGAAGAAGGCUGCCCCCACAAGAAGUUCUUCCACACACGAUAUCUAAUGCGGAUGCGUUUGACUCCAGACUGCAGUAAGAUGUUGAUCUCCACAUCCUCUGGUUACCUGCUCAUCUUACAUGACCUUGACCUCACCCAGAGCCUUGAGGUUGGCAGCUACCGCAUCCUACGAGCCCGCAGAGCUUCACUCAGCACAGAAGGUUCAUCAGCAGGCUCCAGGUCAGGAGGUUCUCGUCAUACCAUUGACAGCAAAGCCCAUCCCCACAGAGAAGGGUUGUCACCCAGAAACAGUCUUGAGGUUUUAACCCCAGAGAUCCCAGGUGAGCGGGACCGUGGAAACUGCAUCACCUCCUUGCAACUGCAUCCUAAAGGCUGGGCCACACUGCUGCGCUGCUCCAGCAACAUGGAUGACCAGGAGUGGACUUGUGUGUACGAGUUUCAAGAGGGAGCCCCACCUCGACCCCCAGUGUCUCCUCGCUGCUCUCUGCGUCUCACGCACUACAUUGAGGAGGCCAACGUUGGUCGUGGCUACAUUAAGGAGUUGUGCUUCAGCCCUGACGGACGGCUCAUUUGCUCACCGUACGGUUACGGUGUACGCUUGCUGGCCUUCGAUGAGCACUGUGCAGAGCUGACAGACUGUAUGCCUGUAAGGACGGCUCUGCUGCGGGAGGUCCGCUCCAUCUACUCUCACAGCGACGUGGUGCUCACCACAAAGUUCUCACCCACUCACUGUCAGUUCGCAUCAGGCUGCCUCAGUGGACGUGUCGCUUUGUAUCAACCACACUUUUAACCAUAAACGCACACAAAUUCAUUAGAAUUUAAGUUGAUUACUAAACUAUAUCUUGGACUUUGUAGCUGUUGCAAGUAGGAGAGGCAUUUGAUUGGUCACACAAAUGUUGAUGGUGCAUAAUGGGAGAAGGAAACUACUGGAUAGUUCAUCCAAAAAUGAAAAUUCUCAUCAUUUACUCACCCUCAUGCUUUCUUCUGCAGAACACAAUGAAGAUGUUUAGAAGAAUAUUUCAGCUCUGUACGUCCUCAAGUGAAUGGUGGCCAAAACUUUGAAGCUAAAAAAAAGCAAAGAUUUAUACAAAAAGGUCUUAAAUAUUAGAUAUUAAAUAUUUGUUUCUCACCCACACCUAUCAUAUUGUUUCUGAAUAUAUGGAUUAAAACACUGGAGUCAUAUGGAUUACUUAUAUGAUGACUUUGUGCUUUUUGGACCUUGUGAGAUCUGAUCAUCAUUCACUUGCUUUGUAUGGACCUACAGAGCAUACACAUCUGGGAUAUCAUGAGAGUGAGUAAAUGAUGAGAGAAUUCAUUUUGGGGUGAACUAUCCCUUAAGCAGUGUAUGUGAUUUUCUGUUUUGGUCACGGCAUUGUGUAUGCAUGUGUUUGACCUUGUACAAGUGAGUUUAUCAUUUUUAGAUGUAAUUGUUUUUUACACUGUGUAAACCGUUCGAACGUAUUAAUGUGCAGUAAAGAAAGACAAAAACAUUUGUUUUUCCUCACAGUGAAGGAGGUUGAAAGUGGGCGGUCACAAAUGUGAGCAUUACACUAACCAGGUACAACACGAUAAAGUGGCAAGUGCUAAAAGUUUGUUCUGUAUAAAUCUUGUUCUGACCUAACCUAACUUACUGUAUACUGUGUAGCCCCGCCCACUGAAAAAAAUCUCAAAACAGGUGAAGAAUUGACAGUAUUUUUGAUUGCUUUUACUGUUCUGUGUAGCCCUGCCCACUGAGAAAUCUCAUUGUCCCAAAAUCCCACUUCACAUAACUAUAUUAAUUGUCAGUUAUCUUUCAGUGUGUACAAAUUGCUUGUCGCUGGAAACUUGAUGCAUCACACCUGGUUAGGCCACGUUGCUAAAGGAUUGUCAAAUGCAUUACAUGUUCACUCAUCCAUGCAGCAAUGCUGUAAACCUUAAGCCAAUCAUUUUCAUGUAUGACUCGCCUGAAUGUAAGUUGGUAAUUUUGUCCAUGGUGGCAAUUUUUUGCAUUUUGCCAAACAUUUUAGUCAUUGCAAUGCCACAUUUGUUUUCAGAAACAUAUUUUCUGAAAGUAAGUUGCAUUUUUCUUACUAAUUGUUUGUUUUUUUACUUUUGGUGGACUGCUUGUCCUUAACACUAACUGAGGUAUGAUUUGUAGAUUGUCAAUGCAGUAUGUACCAUGUGUGAGUGAGUGUUAGUAUGAACACCAUUACUGUUGACUGAAUGGUCUGGAAUUAUUUUGUAUUGCAUACACUCCUGGAACCUACAUGGACAAUCAAUGGUCAAGGGUUCAUCCCGAAAUGUUCUGACGCUCAUGACAAUGGGAUAUUGCCGUUUUGAUGCAGGUUUAACUAUUGAAUGAGUGUUUUAUAUUGUAGGAUACCUUGAAUUUAGCGUUCUCAGAAUAAAGAAAAUGGAAAUCUGGGUGUUGAGCGUUUCUGGAACUAUACCAGAUGCUCCUGCUUACAAGUUGCUAAAUAGUGACCAUGCUCCAAGAUUAAAAUAGUAAAAAGCAGAGUAACAGCGAAUGUUACCUUUACUACAUCCAUGAUUCUCAUACUUUACUCAUGUUAACAUUACUAAGGAAGCAGUGAUAAAGAUAAAUAAAGGAACUUUUUCACAAGCCAGUGUAAGUUCUGUUUGACAUAGGCAAGAUUUGUGUUGUAAACAAAAGAGAUGUUUGGAAUUUGUUAAAGUAAAAAUUAGACAACAUGUAUUGGCAUACUUUGGGCAGCUAGAGUGCACUAAAUGAACACUGGUAUGUAGCCCAGAUCAAGCAGGACAGGGAUGUAAAACUAAUUUUAGGUCAAGGCUGGCAAGUCUGUCGCCUCUUGUGGGCUGAAAUUUGUAUUUAUUAAACCAUGGUGUGCAAGAUCAACACAGUCUUCUGAAAAUAAAAAAGUC